AGGUUUUGUGGGUAUUAUGACGCCUCCCAAUUUCGGUCUAUUCAGUGUCAACCAACUUGGCAACAAGUUGAUACAUGUGGCUUACCUGUACUGCAUGUAGCGGUGGCUAUCGUGUAAUACCAUAAUACAAAUAUAGUUGGUUACAACAUAAACAAUGCCUCCGAAGAAACCAGCUCAACCGGCCGCCGGUAGUAAAAAAACGCAAGAAAAGAAGAAAGAAAAGAUCAUUGAGGACAAGACUUUUGGUUUAAAGAACAAGAAGGGAGGAAAACAGCAGAAAUUUAUCAAGAAUGUCUCUCAACAAGUCAAGCAAGUUCCUGGUAGUAAGGUUGGUGCUGAAGGGGACAAGAACAAGAAAAGUGACAAGAAGAAAGAGUUGGAAGAGCUGAAUGAGCUGUUCAAGCCAGUGGUGGCUGCUCAAAAGGUUGCUAAAGGGGUGGACCCAAAGUCUGUUCUGUGUGCCUUCUUCAAGCAAGGCCAAUGUACCAAGGGAGACAAGUGCAAGUUUUCCCACGACUUGACACUCGAGAGGAAGUGUGAGAAACGCAGCCUCUACGUUGACAAGAGAGAUGAUGAGCUUGAGAAAGACACUAUGGAUAAUUGGGAUGAGAAGAAGCUAGAGGAGGUGGUAAACCAGAAGCAUGGAGAAGCUGAAAAAAAGAAAGCUCAAACCUCAAAAACCCAAAUUGUUUGCAAGCAUUUUCUUGAUGCAAUUGAAAACAACAAAUAUGGUUGGUUUUGGGUAUGUCCAAGUGGAGCUGACACAUGCAUGUACCGCCAUGCACUUCCUGCUGGGUUUGUGCUGAAGAAAGACAAGAAAAAGGAUGAAAAGGAAGAUGAAAUCUCAAUGGAAGAGUUGAUCGAGAAUGAGCGGUCUGCUCUUGGACCAAAUGUCACCCGCAUUACUCUGGAGACUUUCUUGGCCUGGAAGAAGAGGAAACGGCAAGAGAAAGUUGCCAAGUCAGAGCAAGACACAGAAAAAAAGAAGGCUGAUUUUAAAGCUGGCAGGUCCUUUGGGGUUAGUGGCCGCCAAGUGUUUGAGUUCUGCCCUGAUCUUGCUGCUGACGAUGAUGAGGAAGCUGAUGACAUGAAAUAUGUUGAGGACGAUGAUGACGUUGAGGUUGAAGAGGCUCAGGAGUUCCAAGAUAUUGAUCUCACCAGGUUUGUUCCUAAGGAAGUCGACAACGCUGGAAUAACUGUUGCUGCCGUUGACCGAUUCACAAACAAAUUGAAGGAAACCAAUGAAAUGGAGACUCAUCAGACCAGGCAACAUUCUUCCAGUCUUCAACUGUCCAAUUUUGAAGAUCAGCUGAACGGGGCUUGCGGAGGUGUGGAGAAUAUACACAAUGGGAACGCUGAGACGCUCAACGAAGGGGACGCAGAGCCUGUGCCUGUGGAUGAGAACCUUUUCACUGGUGAGGACCUGGACGAACUGGAUGAGGAACUCAACACACUGGACCUGGAUGACUGACAGAGGACCUCUAGUAGAACAGUGCCACAUGGACUAUGAAUAAGAGAUGACUAAGAGAUUCAAAAUAAAACAUUUUGAUGCUAAAAUCUUGUCACCACUAA